AUGGCCUCUCAUGCUGCGAAGCGCGUUUUAGUCAUUGCAGGUGCUGGAAAUCCUGUUGGUACUGGUGCAGCUACUGCGCGGAUGUUUGCAAAAAAUGGGUAUACUGUCGCGCUUAUUGGUCGCGAAGGUUCGGACGGUGCUAGCGCGUUAGUGGAAGAAAUCAACCAGGGAGGUGGCCAGGCAAAGUCGUUUGGUAUUUCAUCAUAUUCGCAUGAUGAAAUGGCCUCAGUCUGGUCCUCAAUCCAUGCCCAUUUCCCUAAGUCACGCUACGCCGUCCGCGCGGCGGUAUAUAACGUUGGAUCUGGAGUUUUCAAACCUUUCCUUGACGUUUCACCACAAGAUCUUCAUAGUUGUAUGCAGUCCAACGUGUUCGGCGCGUUUGCAUUCUCCCGCAACGCGAUACUCACGUUCAAGGGCAAUGACAUCGAUGAGCCGAGUGGGAAACGCGGCGCGCUGAUUUUCACGGGCGCUACGGCGAGCAUGCGCGGCAACGUGAUGACGAGCGCGUUUGCUGCCGGAAAGUGGGGGACGAGGGCUUUGUCUCAGAGUUUGGCGAAGGAGUUUGGGAAAGAGAAUAUUCAUGUUGCGCACGUUAUUAUUGAUGGAGUUAUUGCUCUUGAUCCCAAAGCAGAUCCCGAAGCUGUCAAGGACACGAAAAUCAAACCAGAUAGUAUUGCCUCUUCGUAUCUCUACUUAGCAAACCAAGACCGGUCUGCGUGGACAUGGGAGCUUGAUUUGCGCUCUGCUCACGAGAAGUGGUAA